ACAAAUGUCACUUGACCUUGGCAUCUUGUCUCUUGACAGCAAAUCUUGCAGGAACAGUGAAUUUGUUAAUCUGUGCUCGCAGGAAUCGAAAUUUUAUCCAUAUUCAGCAAGUUUCAAUAUUGUUUAACUCUAGAAAAUCUUUCGACAAAAAAAUGUCGUCCGAAAACGCUCUAAAUUCAAGUGAUAACGACAAUCUGUGUUGUAUUUGUUUCAAGAAUGUCGAAGUAUACUCCAUAGGAAGUUGCGAUCAUCCAGUAUGUUUCGAGUGUUCCACCAGAAUGAGGGUGCUCUGCAAGCAAAAAGAGUGCACCAUUUGCAGGAGAGAGCUCCCUAAGGUACUUUUUAGCAAGAAAAUCGAACCGUAUUCAGUAAUGUACCCAAGGUUCGAGAGAUCCAACUUACAGGAAAGACGUUUCGGGAUCAUUUUCUCUAGUUUCGAGGUACAAAAAGCUUACCAGAAGCUGUUAGAACACCGUUGUCAUAUUUGUGAGGAUAAUGAACAUAAAUGGUCAUAUAAAACCUUUCAACAAUUGAAAGACCACAUGCGUAGGGAGCACCGAUUGUUUUACUGUGAUAUUUGCAGUGAUAACUUAAAAAUCUUUAGUUUUGAGAGAAAAUGUUACAGUAGUCAGGAUCUGGCUUAUCACAGGAGAAAAGGAGAUAGAAAUAAUACUUCUCAUAAAGGCCAUCCUUUGUGUGAGUUUUGUGACACCCGUUUCAUGGACAACGACGAACUCUUCAGGCAUUUAAGAAGAAAUCAUCUAUUCUGUCACCUGUGUGAUGCCGAUGGUAAAUAUCAGUACUAUGAAUCAAUGGAAGACAUGAAAAAACACUUCCAUGACGAGCAUUUUCUGUGUGAAGAGGGUGAUUGUAAGAACAUGCCUCUCACAGCUGUUUUUAGGAGUAACAUCGAUCUGAAAGCUCAUAUAGCGCAGGAGCACAGUAGGUUCAUGAGUAAGUCGGCUAAUAAGCAAGCUAGGACUUUGGAACUAGAGUUUACUUUGGCACCGAGACCCAGGAGUGAGAAUAUGAGGAAUAAACGAGGUGACAGAAGAGACAGAUUUGAUGAAGAAGGUACUUCCUUGCAUAACGUAGAGCCUGGGGGGCCCGGGGGUGGCCAAGAACCACCCCAGCAAAAACUUUUUGUAAAUCCCUUAACUUCCGAUCAAUUUCCCGCGCUAGGUGGCGCUACAGUAGCCGGACCCAGCAACGUUUCUUUGGCAUCGAAAAACUUCACAAAAUUCAGUAGCGCAGCCUUUAACAGCAACGAUUUUCCCUCUUUAGGUAGGUCAGGAGAACCGUCAAGUAGACCAACUUCAGCUGUGACGAUAACAGCAAACUCCUCAGGCAAUUCUACACCACAAGUGACAAUAACUAGAACAGUAAAAAACCAGCAGAAUCAAAAAGCGAAGGAGAAUUUCCCUGCACUGGGUGGCUCAAGUAAACCGGGGAGCAGUACAGUGAGGUUAAGUGUAAACAGCAACAACCAAAAACCCCCCAACGUCUCCAUUCAAGUGAACGGCGGCUCCAACACGGUGAUCACCACUCACAUCACAACAAGCGCCCCGUCCGGAUCACAAAGAUCCGAAGUGUUCCCAGCCCUAGGCAAAGCACCCGUCUCCGUGUCCCAACCGAAAUGGGUCCCGGCCAAACCCAAAAAACCCGAACCAGAACCCAAAUCCGCUAGGGCAGCCCCUUGUCCUGUUUGGGAGACUUCCGACACCAAUUCUUUUCCCAAACUGUCAAAAGGCAAGAACGAAAAACCGAAGAAAUCCUCCAGUGUAACAGUUCCAGUGAGCAGCUGGGUGAAUUUGAACAGUAUGAAGAAUACUCCGAGAAAUAAUGGUAAUAGUAAAAAAGGGGAGAGUAGUAGUAGUGCUAGGGCUCAAGUAAAUAAUUCUUAUUUGGAUUUGAAGCUGGGAGAAUUGAGGUUGGUCGAUGAUAAAGGGAAAUCUGUAGAGGAGAGUAAGAAAUCUAAGAAAAAGAAGGUUAAAAAUGCUGGGAGGGUGAUAGUAAAGUCCAGACUGACGUAAAUGAGUGAAGAACCGAAAAACAAGAACGGGCUCACUAAAAAUCGUUCAGAACCAGAAUUAGGGAACUCAACACCACCUGAAGAAUUCCCUGCUUUAGGAACUACCAACCCUCCACCAGGUUUCGCAGAUAUACCACCGAAAAACACCAUAAAACCGCCCCCAGGGUUCAAUAACACCAACUUCCCUUCCCUAGGCAUGACGUUUACUAACUCAACUGGUCAGAGUUACUCAAUAAGUCCCAGUAACACAACCUCAAACUUUCGACAGCCGCGUAACUUUCAAAACCGAAACCAGAACUUGAUAAAGCAGUUUAUGGAGGUGUUGAAUGACAAUGAGGCGAUCAGGGAGUUUAAAACUUUGUCAGAUAAAUUCAGGAAAGGGGACGUUAGCGCUAAUACUUACCAUGAACACUGUUUGAACCUGCUAGGUCCCAAAUUUACCGAAGUUUUCCCAGAAUUGCUUGUGCUGUUACCUGAUAUCGUUAAGCAACAAGAACUGUACAAAGUCAUGGAUAAAAACUCAAAAAGUCAGCUUGUCGUUUGCGAGAAUUGCAAGCAAGUUAUUUUUAAGAAAGAACUACACGAUCACUAUAAUUACCAUACGUUGGAUAACCAUUUUCCUACAUUGGGAACCGCCCAGCAAAUCGGUACAAGUGCCUGGGGUAAAUGAACUACAAACAUAACCUCAAAAAAUUUUCGACGCUAGAAAUGUCAGUUUGACAUAUUCAGUCAGUGUUUAUAAACGUCAAAUAUCGGCUGUGGAUUUUAUAGAAUGCCAUCGCUAGAACAUGAUCUUCUUGUUUUUUUUUGCAUUAAAAUAUAGUAUUUAUUUUAUUA